ACAGGGCCCCUCAGCGAGCCCGCGGGCGCAGGCCCCCACAGGACCAGAUCCUUCCACCUCCUCCCCCUUCCCUUCCUUCUUCCCUUCCCUUCCUUCCCUCCCCCGGGGCCCCGUUCAUGAAUUAUGUCGGCCACAAGCGUUGACCCUCAGAGAACAAAAGGACAAGAUAAUAAAGUGCAAAAUGGUUCAUUGCAUCAGAAGGAUACAGUUCAUGACAAUGAUUUUGAACCUUACCUUUCUGGACAGUCGAAUCAGAACAAUAGCUAUCCCUCAAUGACUGAUCCCUACCUUCCCAGUUACUAUCCACCAUCUAUUGGAUUUCCUUAUUCUCUCAGUGAAGCACCAUGGUCUACUGGAGGUGAUCCUCCUAUCCCAUACCUCACCACUUAUGGACAGCUUAGUAAUGGAGAUCAUCAUUUUAUGCACGAUGCUGUUUUUGGCCAGCCUGGGGGCCUGGGAAAUAAUAUCUAUCAACACCGGUUUAAUUUUUUCCCCGAAAAUCCUGCCUUCUCAGCUUGGGGAACAAGUGGAUCCCAAGGACAACAGACACAAAGUUCAGCUUAUGGAAGCAGUUACAGCUACCCACCUAGUUCCUUGGGUGGUACUAUUGUGGAUGGACAGACAGGAUUUCAUAAUGACACUUUAAAUAAGGCUCCUGGAAUGAAUAGCAUUGAGCAGGGCAUGGUGGGACUUAAGAUUGGUGGAGAUGUUACAACAUCUGCAGUCAAGACGGUGGGAUCUGUGGUUAACAGUGCUGCAAUGGCCGGUGCCCUUUCCGGAAAUGGUGGAUCAAGUGUGAACUUACCGGUUUCAAAGCCAACAUCUUGGGCAGCCAUUGCUAGUAAACCUGCAAAACCACAACCCAAAAUGAAAACAAAAAGUGGACCUGUAAUUGGAGGGGCUUUGCCUCCACCACCUAUAAAACACAAUAUGGACAUAGGCACGUGGGACAAUAAGGGGCCUGUCACCAAGGCUCCAGCUCCUCAGCAGAUUCCGUCUCCUCAGUCUGUCCCACAGCAACAACAGCAGAUUGUCCAGCCUAUUCCUGCUCAGCCGCCUCCUCUAACCCAGCCACAAUAUCAGAGCUCUCAGCAGCCACCCCAAAACCGCUGGGUGGCACCUCGCAACCGAAAUGCAGCCUUUGGCCAAAGUGGAGGCACUGGCAAUGAGAGUAACUCCACUGGAAGUUCCCAGCCUAACUCUGUUCCUGGUGGAGAAUCCCACCCUGUUCUUGAAAAACUGAAAGCUGCCCACAGCUAUAAUCCGAAAGAGUUUGAUUGGAACCUUAAAAAUGGACGUGUGUUCAUCAUAAAAAGCUAUUCAGAGGAUGAUAUUCAUCGUUCCAUUAAAUAUUCCAUUUGGUGUAGCACAGAACAUGGCAACAAACGCUUGGACAGUGCUUUCCGCUCUAUGAACAGUAAAGGUCCCGUGUACUUACUCUUCAGUGUCAACGGUAGUGGACAUUUUUGUGGAGUAGCAGAAAUGAAGUCACCUGUGGACUAUGGCACUAGUGCUGGUGUCUGGUCUCAGGACAAAUGGAAGGGGAAAUUUGAUGUCAAGUGGAUCUUUGUCAAGGACGUACCCAACAACCAACUUCGACACAUCAGGCUGGAGAACAAUGACAACAAACCAGUUACAAACUCCCGUGACACGCAGGAGGUGCCCUUAGAAAAAGCGAAACAAGUGCUUAAAAUUAUUGCUACUUACAAGCACACAACCUCCAUCUUUGAUGACUUUUCUCAUUAUGAAAAACGCCAAGAAGAAGAAGAAGUGGUUCGCAAGGAACGGCAGAAUCGAAGCAAACAAUAAAGAAUAAAGUUUCCUAUAUAUACUAGAACUGAUCUCAAAUUUGACUAUGAAAAACGUUUAAAAAUAUAUUCUGGUGCUGUAUUUUGGCAUCAGGACAUACUAAAGCUUUCAGCUCCAAUGUAUCUUCUCGUGCAGGGGAAAUUAAGUUGUUGCAUCCUUAAGUACUUUGUAGAUUAUUUUUGCCCUGGUGGAUAUGAGUUAAUUUGUAUUUUUUCUAUGUACUAUGCUGUAGAAUCCAUUAAUAAAUGAGUAUCUGUUUUGUUCAUCAGUGAUAAGUCAAACUGACCUAAUAAGAACUGUAAGUCUCCUUAAAAAAAAAUCUAAUGCUUCCCAAAGAUUUUUUUUUUAUUUUGACAGAAAUUAUGUUCCUAUUCGUAUAUUCACAAUUUUAUAUAUCUCUCUAUGAACCUUGUUAUUACUUCCCAUGUUGCUCUAUGGCACACAAUAGAAGCCAUGCAUUGUUUUGUCAUUUAAGGAAUUAUGUUAAUACACCACACGGUUAAAAUAUUCAAAUCAAAAGAAAAAUCAGAUCACUCUGUGCAAUUGCUAUGUAAUUGAUUUAUAUGCACAAUUAUAAUUCAGAAAUGCUAAUAUAAAGUUCAAUUUUGUUCUGUCUCAAGGAAAUCAUUGAACCUAAAAUUUUUCAGUUCAAAGAAAAUGUUUUUUUCCUUCUGGAAAUAUUUCCUUUUCACAGUCUGUUAAAACAAUGCUUCAUUGUGCAUUUGUUUUACCAUAUCCUGCAGGGUGAUAUUUUCUCUUGAGCAUAACUCUGUUUUAUUAGGUAGAUUAAUAAUAAAUAAUGUGAUGCUAUCAUCCUGCAGGGUUUUCAGGCCAUGUGUUUUAAACCUGGUUCAGCUUCAGGUUUUCUUAGUUUACUGCAGAUCAUUUUUAAUCUUUUCCCCCCUUUCCUUGUCCCCCAAAUCCUAUUACCAUUUUAAGUUUUUAUACCAAUAAUGCUGAGCUUUAAUGUAGGAACUAAUAGUAUGGACAAUAUGAUGAAUUAUGCCUCAGAUGUUUAAAAUUGACAGUGUGUAUGUCUAAUUUUUUUCUUUUGUUGGAUGAGUAAAACAAAAAAACUUUUAAGAAACUGAAUUUGCUGUCAUGUUUUUGUGGAAUGAGGGAACCGUUGAAGAGCUCACCACCAACUGGAGUUUCAAUUAAGCAUGAAAAUGGUGCUCAUGCCUGUUGCUCUAGCACACUGAAUCUGCACGUGUUUAUUGUAGAGGAUCUUUACUAUAUUAGAAAGCAAAUAUCUUCUGAAAACUAUUUACUCAAAAAGGACCUCUGAUUUAAAGUUUAAACUGUAUCAUUUAGACUUGUAUUUAGAACGUAUAACUGUCUCUGAACUAUUACUGCCUGUAUGGAGUAAUGGACAACAUCAGAUUAACUUUUUUCCUCUAGGAGAAUACAAGCCUUAAUAAACAAUACCUAUUUAGCAA